GUCUUUAUCAGCAGUGUGAAAAUGAACUAAUACAGUACAUUGGUACAAUAGAGUGUGGUGUUGCUGAAAAGAUACCCAAAAAUGUGGAAGCGACUUUGGAACUGGAUAACAGGCAGAGGUUGAAACAGUUUGGAGGGCUCAGAAGAAGUCGGGAAAACACGAAAGAAGAGACUGAGUUAGUCAGGAUGAAAACUUGUCCACACUCCAGGAUAAAAAGAAAGAAUGAAUGUGAAGUUGGUUUGGGGACAUUUGCCGUGGUUAUGCUUGUGAAAGUAUACUGGAUUUGUUUAAACAGUAAACAAGCAGGCCAUAGAGGAUUCUGCGGAGGUACAUACAGACUUGUCCACAAGCUAAGCAAUAAAAAAGACUCCAAGAAAACAUUAUCGAGUGUAUUUCAAGAUCGAGUUUCACUCUUGUUGUCACCCAGGCUGGAGUGCAGUGGUGCGAUCUUGGCUGACUGCAACCUCCACCUCCCAGGUUCAAGCUGUUCUCCUGCCUCAGCCUCCAGAGUAGCUGGGACUACAGAAAAAUACAUGGCAGCUUGGAUUGCUGGCAAGAUGGUCAACUAG